AUGAAAAUGACGUAAGUUCAAGCUGAGCCUCGACGGGUCGGCCGCGACCGACCGGCACCGACUGGCCGCGCGGCAUAAGACGGGUGAGUUCGCCGCUUGCGUGCGGCAGACGGGCCCGUUGUUGAACAAGGAGGUCGAAUGCCUCGACCAGCCGUGCCUUUUCAACGGCGUGCACGUGCCACCGAUCGAUUUCUCGGUCAAUCACUUUAUCGGCAUCUCGGAAUAUUUCUACUCGACCCAUGACGUGUGGGCGCUUGGAGGGGUGUACGACUACGUCGAAUUUGAGAAGAACGCGAUCGAGUACUGCGCGCGGGAGUGGGAUGAGAUCAUGGCCGACCACAAAUCGGGCAAGAAGUGGAAGCAAGGGGUGCAGUUGACGCGGUUGGAGACGCAGUGCUUCAAGGCCGCUUGGGUGGUCAACAUCCUUCAUGAAGGGAUUGGGAUACCGCGGAUCAUCGAUCAAGGUGGUGAGGGGGAUGGCAAGAACAUGACGGACAGGGUCAUCAGCAAGACCAUCGACAAGGGGCUCGCAUCCCAGCCUUCGUUCCAAAGUCUCAACGCCGUCGGCGACGUCGCCGUCAGCUGGACAUUAGGCAAGAUGGUGCUCGAAGUCGCGCGCGGAUCGACUCAAGCACCGACGAUCAACCCUAAACGACCUCACUCCCUCGACUGGGCCAAACCGCGGAUACCGUCGUGGGCUAAUGGGGACGUCAGGUCGACGCUGGUGGGGAUCAAGGAGGACCCUCUUCCUCUCGUCGGGGCCUCGCUCAUCUUGUUCGCGUUGUGGUUCGUGCUCUGUUCGAAGUGCGGUAUUCGCAAGCGUGUGCCUCUCGUCGGAGGUUUUCCUUCGUCGAAGCGAAGAAACGACUUCAAUGCCGUGCCAAGCGACGAUCCUGGCUUCAACAGUGGAGACUCUGGGAGCGGCUCAAGUCGGUCACCACCGCGCGGAUCUCAAUCGCGACGCACGAAAUCCAACUCGUUCGCCCAAAAAAUGUGGUUUCCUUUCCGCUACCCGCUUUUGCGAGCUUCCUCCGCAGUACAAUCGCUGUUCCGCUUAUCUCGGAACGGUACAGGGUCGUUGCUCCCGACUUUGCGCAGCGGCAAUGGGAAUGGAAACGGCAACAUUCACGAGAUGCGACCUCGUCCUCCUCGGUCCAACAAGCCGGCGCCCUUCAUGCGAGCCGGCCCAAACCCAGGCGGGCUGGAACGACGUCCCCGAGCGCAAAAACUCGACCCCCGUUGGCGCCUCCUCGCACGCUCUCUUGCCUCCCCUGGUUCGAUCAGGAUCAGGAAGCGUCCUAACCUCGCGUCAGCUGUCGGCCUCGCCACCCCCUUUGACACUCGUCAUCCCCGCCUCUCCACUUGCGACCCCGGCCCCGGAAACACCGCCAAACGGGGUGUUUCCCAAUUCGCGACCGACAACACCUUCUUCGCAUCGUACCAGCAACGGUCUGUCCAAGCUCACGGCGCGCUCCAACACCUAUACUCGCGAACGAGGCACCUCGGACGAUUUCUCCACUCUCGUCGGCAAUGGCGUCCUGACGCCUUCGGCCAUUUCUCCAUCGCGCAACCGGUACUUUGCGAUCUCUGAUAACCCUUACGGAGCGACUUCGACGCCUCCCUGCGGAGCAGCUCUGCUAUCUUCAACGCCUUCGAACCAAUCGAUGGGACCGAGCAAUUUGGCGAACGCGGUAUGGGAAUCGCUCGGCAGUGGUAGACCGUCUUCGAGUACAGCAGAAGAAGUCCCCGGCACGAACAACUACGUCGGCGCAGGAGCUAGCAGUUGGAACGCUUCUGUUGGCGGAGGUAUGGCUAAGUUGAGGGCGAGCAAGAGUCAGAACGGGAGUCAGGUCAACCUGAAUGCGUUGGCGAGUAGCCCCUGA